AUGGCGCCGGUCGCCGGGAACAGCGGCGCCCCGCCGCUCGGCGAGCUGCAGUUCUCCGCCGACUUCGAGGGAGGCAACCUCGGGGACGUGCGACGGGUCGCGGACAACGAAUACGAGCUCACCGUGCGGCACGACACGAACAACCCGCGGCACAGGCUCUGGUUCUACUUCAAGGUGACGAACGCGCGCGCCGGGCAGAGGGUGCUGAUCCACAUGGUGAACUUCUCCAAGACGAAGUCGCUGUACCGGGACGGGAUGAGCCCGCUCGUGAGGUCGUCCUCGAGCGCGACGUGGGAGCGGAUACACCCCAAGAGCGUCUUCUACUACAAACAGAAGGACCGCCCGACGAAGAAGAGGGACGACGCCGCCGUGGAAGACGACGGGCGGGACAGCCCCGAGGAUGGAGGAGAGGGCGGUAAAAAGACGCCGUGCGUCCUGUCCAUCGUUUACACGUUCGACACCAAAGAAGCGCACUGGUUCUCGUACAGCUACCCGUUCGGAUACACCAUGCAGCAGCACCUUCUCGACGCGCUGGAACGGCGCAGGCUGCCGUACGUCAAACGCGAGCUGCUGUGCCGAACGCUGCAGAACAGGCGAUGCGACGUUCUCACAAUCGGCGACGACGCGAGCGCCGCCGCCGCCGGGGCCGCGACUGACGCCGCGACCGACGCCGGCGCGGCGCCGUGUCCUCCCGCGGCAUCCGCCACCCGCGACGGCCGUCGCCGACCCGUCGUGAUGAUCACGUGCAGGGUUCACCCGGGGGAGACGCCGUGCUCGCACACCCUCCGCGGGUUCAUCGAUUUCGUAACCGGCGAUUCUCCCGCCGCGGUUAAGCUCCGCGAGCGGGUCACGUUCGUCGUCGUGCCGAUGCUGAACCCGGACGGGUGCGCGCUGGGGAACUACAGGACGGACUCCAUGGGCGUGGACCUCAACCGCGCGUGGCGAAGCGCGGACGUUCGCAAGGGCGAGUGGGUCGGGACGGGGACGUUCGCGGAGCACAAGGCGGCGGAGAAAAAAACGGAGCAGUUUCCCACGCUGCGACACGCGAUGGCGCUCGCGAGAAAAUACGCAAACAGCGACACGCACGCGCUGGAGUUUUACAUCGACAUCCACGCGCACAGCACCAGCAAGAGCUCCUUCUUCUUCGUGAACAACCCGCACGACGAGGACGACGUCGAACGGUGGGAGAGAAUCGCCGCGCUGCCGAAGCUGAUGGAUCAUAACUGCGCGGCGCUCGAAGCGCCGGGGUUCUCGCUGAGCUCGUGUCGGUUCUGUUCCAACCCGGACAAGGCCGGCGCGGGUCGUCGCGCGAUCGGGGACAUGUCGCGCGCGGCGCACGUCAAGCGACACGGCGCCGCGACGCGGGCGAACCGCGGCGAGGAAGACAAAUCCUCCGAAGACAAAUCCGAAGAAGACAAAUCAUCGCCGGCGAUGUGCUACACCCUGGAGAUGAGCUUCUACAACGCGCCCUCUCGUUCCAGGCAGUGGUCGACGUCGACGAGCAACGAGGAAGCGUACGAGCGGCACGGCGUCGGCCUGGCGCACGCGUUCGUCGACUACUACCGCCUGAGACCGCCGACGGAGCAGCGGGUGGAGGGUAUCCUCCGUCGGGUGGACGCGUCGGCCAAGGUGACGCGGGGUUCCGACCAGGCGGCGGCUUGGACCAAGGGCGACCUCAUGUUCGGGUUCGGGACGCAGAUAUUCGCCGACGGGGGCGGCGCGCAGAAACCCUGGCACAAGAACGGCGCGAAGGAGGCGAGGGCGGCGCUGAACGCGAGGGAACCGUCGUUUCUGCGAUGGAUCGCUCAACGUGUGACGCCGAAAAACGUCACCUCGCCGUCGCCGCCGCCGUCGGCGCCGCCGAACGCGUCGAAAACUCCGGGCGCCAAAUCCCCGGACAAGACGCCCUCCUCGGGGAAGAAGGCGACGUCCUCCGUGGGUAAGCACAGACGGAACGGCUCACCCGCGGGGACGGGGGCGAAGAAAGGGUCUUCGCCCUCCUCGGGGACUGGGGCGGGUAAGGGUAAAGAAGGCGGCGGCGGCAAGUCGCCCGGCAUCGAGCCCACGGCGUUUGAGUUUGUCGCCAUACCGACCGCGCCGGCGCCCACGCGCGACGCGAACCUCGCGGGGAAGAGAGGCGUCGGGCGUGCGAAGCUUCGCGCGAGGAGGAACGCGCCGACGCCGUCGCCGGAGCCCGCGGCGGACGACGACGACGGCGGCGACGGUCCCCCGACUGAGACGGAGCACUCCGCCGCGCGAGAUCGAGAUCGAGCCCUUCGGAUACCCUCGACGAUUUCGCCGUUCCAAACGCCCGGGGACGUCGACGCCGUCGCCGAUGAAUCGUACGGCCUCGCAGCCGACCUGGCCCGCGCGCGCGUCGACGUCGUCGGGACGUUCGUUCCGCGUUUGGACGGGACAGGCGUCGAGUCGCCGGGACCGCUCGUCGGCUCGUCGGCGAUUGCCGCGUCGGUCGGGGUCGCCAUCGGGGUGGCGGGGGGAUCGGCGGAGCCCUCGCGGCGCGCGCGGCCGGCGCCGAGGCCGCCGCCGCCGCCGAUGUAUCCCUGGGAGGAGGACGUGGAUCGCUUCGGCGGGGUGUCCGCGGACGUCAGGCGGCUCCGCAGCGCGUGA